AUGCAGAUAUCGUUGAUGAUUCAUCAGAGAGAUUUCAGAUCGUUGGAGUCGGCGAUGAUAUCAGCAAAAUAUUGGAGUCACCCAAGAACACCACUUGAGCCGCCAAAAAAGACUUCACCCCCUGUUAAAUACACUGAUGGCGGUUGGUGGUACCGUCGUUCGAAACCGCGUGUUCAUCCGACGGUUGUUGUUGCUGAGUUUAUCGAGAAACGCGAUGUUGAAAAGGACUGCAACGAAGACGUAAACGUCUAUCGUCUCACAAAAACGAUAACCAUACGAAAUGUAAGUUCAUUCUUACUGUGA